AUGGAGAACAGCGCGAGUACCAGAACGAGCGGCACGCACAUGGAGUUCGAUGAAAACAGCGGCAGGACGCUGAGCCAGCCUGGCCCGUGGUACGAAGUUCUCAAAGAAAGAAAAAGCCAGAAAACAGCGGAUGAGAACUGCAUAAAAGGAAACAGCAAGGCGAACAGCGCCCAGAAUCUAAAAGAAGAGACGAGUGGGCUGACCAACCCAAAGAUGCAACCGACCAACAACCAACUGCAGCAACAGCGACGCGGGGACGGAAGAACCCGCGGAGGCAACAACACGCCACAAAGGAAACGCAUGUUGCCACCAUUACCAGAGGAUGAAUACAAGGUAGUGUACAGACCAAGAACGGGCCUCAAGCUUUCUUCGUGGUCUGAUAAAAGCCUCACGCAAGGCAUCGCCACAGCAGGCGGUUUUCCAUUCAAAGACUUCUACUCGAAUGUGACGAUCCAGACGCAAUGGGCUCAGAACUUGAUCAUCGCAAGUACUGCGGACGAGGACUACGCCAUGAAGCUGAGCAUGAUCACCCAGAUACAGCUAGGCGCGGCCUUGUACGAACUCAUGCCUUACCUAAAACCGCUCCCGGGCACCGUACGAGGAGUGGUGCACGGAAUAGAAGCAGGAACAACAGAAGAGGAACUUAAAGAACUUAUCUCAGUCAACGGCUACAGCAUUCUGCACGCAAGAAUGCUCGGAAAAUCCAGCUCGGCGCUACUCACAUCCGUGCAGUACUGCAGAGCCUGCGGGAAUGUCGGCCACAGACAGGACGUCUGCCCCAACCCGGACACAAACAGGUGCAACCGAUGCGGAGCGGAAAAUCCCCAAGACAAUCACGAGUGUCAGCCUAAGUGCAAGCUGUGCUACCAACCCCACGAAACGGCAAGCAAGGAAUGCCAGAAACGACUCAAACCAAGUCCCCCACCGUUACACGUAAGGGAAAGAAGCAAAUCGCAAAGUAAACAAGCGGCUUGGACGGGAGGUGCAAACGACCGCCCUUUCGAGCAGCAGCAACGGACGUCAUUGCCGCAGGACAGAGUGACCAUAGACACACUUAAGAAACAGAACGCGGAGCUUAUCUGGCGCUUAGAAAACAACGAAAAAAAAGCGAAGGCUAGGGAACAGGCCCUAGAGCAGAAACUGCAACAGUUUAUAGAGCAGAUGCAGAAACAGCAGCAACAACUGCCGCAAAUACCGCCGCGAGCUCCGACACCUCUGCCGGAGGACCUCGAACAAAAAAUGGAAUAUCACAUGAACAAAUUAGAUGAGAGGAUCGAUCAGAAGAUUGAUCAGACAAUGAGCCAGAUGACAAAAGCAGUUGAACAUAAAAUGAGCAAAAUGAUGGAAACCGUGAACAAGGUCUUUGAAAACGUUAAUCCAACCAUCAUCCAAAUGAGUACGACCCUCAACGCCAAGAUUGAUCGAAUGGGGGAGGCCCUCAAUGCCCAGAUGGGCAAGAUGGGUGAUGAGCUCAACCAACGUAUUUCCGACCUUGAGAAGGAAAGGGAACAAGCCCGAAAGAAGCCGAAAACGUCGCCAGGAGGGGAUGCGCUGACAGAAGAAACGAUCAGAACCCACAAUGGAGACCUUCAUCAACCGGAUAUCAUCGCGCUACAAGAAACAGAAACAGACACCAUAAAGAUACGGGGCUACGAGACACACAUAGCCGAAGGAAGAAACCGGACAGCCAUCCUCACCAAGAAACACCACACAACACAACAACACCAAAUCAGCCACAGAAUUGAGCACACUUUGAUAGAGAUGAUACCACAAAAGAGGACAUUACAGAGUCUAUUUAUCCUGAAUGUUUACAGCCCGCCCUCGGACAACCUAAGGGACUUGGACAAGUUCCUGAGGGAGGUAAAGAAAGUUACCAAAGGGCAGAAGAUACUCGUAGUUGGGGACUUCAACGCACCGCAUGUAGCGUGGGGAUACCACAAAACCAACAAGAAGGGCACGGAUGUGCACAACGCGGCUCAGCACCACCAACUGACACUGUGGAACGACCCUCAGUGUCCAACCAGGAUUGGAAACAGCAUCUCCAGGGACACAAGCCCCGACUUAACUUUCUCGAAGGGCAUACGGCAAAUCGAAUGGACAAGGCUGGAAGAAACCCUAGGAAGCGAUCACUAUAUAGUUCAAACCGAACUCCGACACAACAAGACUCCAUUGAGAACGGGACAAGCGAAGAUCACGGACUGGACCGCGUUCCGAAAGGUGGAACACCGAGCGGACAUGGACGAUAUUGAAGAAUGGACCAGGCAAGUGAUGGAAGAGGUAACCAAGCACACCAAGACGAUACAACUCACUUCGGACAACCCCGAAGUUGACCCGCACUUACUCCACCUCUGGGAGGCCCGACAGGGCCUCCUAAAAAGAUGGAAGAAACAAAAGAGAAACCGCAAGCUCAAGGUCCGCAUUGCCCUGUUGACCAGGGAAGCUGAGGAGUACGCAGAGAAACUCGGAAUACAAAACUGGAAUCAGCUAUGCGACCGGCUACAGGGUACCCUGAGCAAUCGCAAAACAUGGGCAAUACUUAGGUCGCUGCUGGCAAAGACCGAGUCAAAGAAGGUCACGUGCCAACAUAUUCAACGCCUCAUCCACAACUAUCAGGGUUCAGAGGAAGACGUGCUCGAAGCCAUCACUGAAAAAUACAUUGGCAACCAACAACAACAGACGACGACGAUCACUCACCUGGACUACGAGGGAAAAUCCAACCCAGAUUUGGAUCAACCCUUCAGCAGGGCAGAGAUAGUGGCGGCGCUCAGGAACUUGACGAGAAACACGACCCCAGGAAGGGACAGAGUUAACAACAAGACGCUCCGUAACCUGGACGACAGAGCCACGGAGUGUCUCCUUAAGCACAUCAAUGAGAGCUGGGAGACCGGGAAGAUACCGGCAUGCUGGAAACACGAGGAUGUGACAAUGAUCCCAAAACCGGGCAAACCGAUCACUGUGCAGAACCUGAGACCAAUAUCCCUUACAUCGUGUGUGGGAAAGCUAUUCGAGCACAUGGUACACAACAGACUAUCCCCGUAUCUCGAGGAGAACGAAUUCCUCCCUAACACGAUGUUUGGAUUCAGACCUCUCCUAUCGACCCAAGACAUCCUUCUUCAACUCAAAGAGGAUGUAAUAGACAACCUCAGCACGCAGCACAAGAGCGCAAUUCUACCAUUGGACGUCAAAGGGGCGUUUGACAACAUCUCCCACAGUGCGGUGCUAGACAGCUUACAAAGGACAAACUGCGGCCAAAAGACUUACAAUUUCGUCCGUGACUUUCUCACAGACCGGACAGCGACCAUAGGCCUGGGAAACCUAAGGACCGAACAGAUCAAGGCUCCACAAAAGGGAACCCCUUAGGGAUCGGUGAUCUCGCCGUUGCUUUUCAAUAUUGCAAUGAGGGGUCUACCGCUCCUUCUAAAAGACAUUAAAGGUCUCAGCCAUGCAAUCUACGCGGACGACCUUACCAUAUGGACGACGUCGGGGUCGGCAGGAAUGCAGCAAGACGCUCUGCAAGAAGCGGUGAACAGGACCGAGAGAUAUUUGAAAGAUGGUGGUCUCUCGUGCGCUCCGGAUAAAUCGCAACUUUUGGUGCUAAAAAAGAGGGCGAGAGGUCGUCCUCCACCGGAAACACCAGACCCCGUACUAACUUUACAUGAAGAUAACAUCCCACAAGUCGACGUGCUCCGUGUCCUGGGAGUAGUAUUUCAGAAGGAUGGUGCAGGGAUCGCCACAGUGCAAAAACUCCAAGAAACAGUCACACAAGUUACGCACCUAGUAAAACGGGUAACAAACAGAAACCACGGCCUCAAGGAGCAAGACACUUUGAGAAUCAUUCAAGCACUCGUCAUCAGCAGAAUAACGUACGGGACCCCGUAUCUGGGGCUCAAAAACAGCGAGCGCGAGAAGAUUAACACACUGAUUCGCAAGACAUACAAACUGGCCUUGGGGCUUUCCCCAACAACCUCCACAGAGAAACUACUCCGAUUGGGUAUACAUAACACAUGGGAAGAGCUGGCAGAAGCACACAAGGUGAGCCAGGUUGAAAGACUUAAGCUCACCAGGACGGGCAGGGACACCUUAAGAAGACUGGGCUACGCAAUCGAAGACGAGUCAAGAAGUAAGCAAAGGAUUCCAUUACAACUAAGAGACAAUAUCACAGUUGCAUCCAUUCCUCGCAACAUGCAUCCAGAACACAACAAAGAACGACGAAUGGCAAGAGUGAGAGCACUGAGAAAGACCUACGAGAGAGACGAUGACCGCGUGCGGUACACAGACGCAGCGAAAUACAAGGGAAAGAAAGCACACGCGAUUAGCGUGGUAAACAACAAGGGAGAAGAAAUCGCGGCGGCCUCCGUGAGGACCCCAGACAUGGACUCAGCAGAGGAGACAGCAAUCGCUCUUGCGGCGACGACAGGCAAGGAACUCCUCACGGUAAUAACAGACUCACAAGCCGCCUGCAGAAAUUACCAACUAGGCCGAAUAUCACGAUUGACCCUCGAAACGUUAAACAAAAUCAAAGAUCCCCCCGAAAUAGUCAUAGUCUGGACCCCAGGACAUGAAACCCUAGCGGGUAAUCUAGCGGCGCAUGCCGCUGCCCGAGAACACUCUCUCCGGGCUACCUCGCUGGGCGACCGUGCUCCAGCGGAUACAGACGAGGGCGUUCCAAAAAGAUACACCGACAUUCUAGCGCAUUACAGACUAGGGAGGAGAACCUACCCUCCCCCACACCCUACAAUAUCCAGAGAGGACGCCGUGACACUUAGACAGCUACAAACUAACACUUUCCCGCACGGCACAUUAUUUCACGCAAUGUACCCAACUCAAUAUGACUACGACUGUAAAAACUGUCGAGUGCCUAACACUCUCUACCAUAUGGUAUGGGAG